AUGCACCGUGGCGCCCUCCUGCUGGGACCACACCAGAGUCUAGACCCCGACACGGCCGAGGAGCAGGGGAUCCAGCAUGGACCCUACAUCGUGGCCUUCCCCUACGGCUCCGUGGUCCUCAUCGGCAACUCGCAGCUCCCCGAGCGAGAUCGCUGGCUCUCCGCCUGCCGGUCCGUGGCGGGCGACCCGACCCCCGCAGCCGAGCGCCCGUACAAUGAAGGUGCAGGGCUUGCUUGGUGGGAAUGGGAGGCGGGCUGCACCGGGGGCGCAGUGGUGUGUUCACUUGGAGGGAGCAAACCCCCCUGCGCCCUUCCGGGCAGUGAUCCCCCAAUCGGGGGGGGGGGGGGGGUGGAUGCCGGCAUGGGGCCACACCUGAUAGUGCCUGAUCACCUCAUGGCUCAGCCUUUCCAAGCACAUUGCACUGCAGAGUACACACUGUCCGUCAUCUCCCAGGUGCUGGCCCAGUCUGUGGCCCUGGAUUACUACAGCUCCCACGUGGAGCGCAUGCUGGGGCAAUUCACCCAGAUCAACAAGGAGAUGAAGGAGACGCUGAAUCUGAAGAAGAUCAACGCGCAGGAGCUGUUGCGCCUGGUGGCCGAGAACAACGUCAUCAUGACCGACAUCAUCACCAAGCUGGGGGUGAACGAGAGGUAUGACAUCGCCUGGAAGUAUGUGCAGUAUGGCCGCAUCUGGGACUACCUGCGCUCCGAGCUGGAGAUGGAUGCGCGAUUCAAGACCCUGGACAUGAAGCUCAACCUGGUGCAGGACAACCUGAAGUACUUCCUAGAGAUCUUCCAGGACCGCAAGGCAAGACACCACGGCUGCAUGCCCCGUCCCCAGCCCCCCGACCGCCCGCCUGCCGCACCCGUACUGCAGUCCACAUCGCUGGAGUGGAUCAUCAUCAUCCUCAUCGGGGUGGAGAUCUGCCUGUCGCUGCUGGACCUGUACCACAAGGGCAUGAUGGUGUGA